AGCGCACGUUUUUUUUUGGUGUACAUGAACACACCAUACGUGUGUGCUCACUGUGCUGUUAAGACUCGUUAACUCGGUAGUAACACGCACUUUGACAUCGGCAGGACUUACAGAUAUCAUAGCAAGAUGGCAGAAACCGAUGUUGAUAAUGAACUUUUGGACUAUGAGGAGGACGAGGAGCCCCAGGGAGCCCCUGAGACUGGGACCCCAGCAAACAAGAAGGAAGUGAAGGGGUCCUACGUUUCCAUUCACAGCUCGGGCUUCAGAGACUUUCUCCUCAAACCAGAGCUGCUCCGGUCCAUUGUCGACUGUGGGUUUGAGCAUCCCUCAGAAGUCCAACAUGAGUGUAUUCCACAAGCUAUCCUGGGCAUGGACAUCCUGUGUCAGGCCAAGUCUGGUAUGGGAAAGACUGCCGUGUUUGUACUGGCCACCUUGCAACAAAUAGAACCUGUGGAUGGUCAGGUGUCUGUCCUUGUAAUGUGCCACACACGAGAGUUGGCCUUCCAGAUCAGCAAAGAGUACGAGCGCUUCUCCAAGUACAUGCCCACUGUCAAGGUGUCGGUGUUCUUCGGCGGCCUGGCCAUCAAGAAGGACGAGGAAGUGCUGAAGAAGAACUGCCCUCACAUUGUCGUAGGAACUCCAGGACGUACCCUGGCCCUCAUCCGCAACAAGACCCUCAAUGUGAAGAACAUCAAACACUUUGUGCUUGACGAGUGCGAUAGGAUGCUGGAGCAGCUGGACAUGAGGCACGACGUCCAGGAGAUCUUCAGGGUGACACCUCAUGAGAAACAGGUUAUGAUGUUCAGUGCAACGCUAAGCAAAGACAUCCGCCCCGUCUGUCGCAAGUUCAUGCAGGAUCCCAUGGAAGUGUUCGUGGAUGACGAGACCAAGCUGACACUCCACGGCUUACAGCAGUAUUACUGCAAGUUGAAGGACAGCGAGAAGAACCGAAAGCUUUUCGACCUGCUUGAUGUACUCGAGUUCAACCAGGUGGUGAUCUUUGUUAAGUCAGUGCAUCGCUGUGUUGCUCUGUCCCAGCUGCUGGUGGAGCAGAAUUUCCCCGCCAUCGCCAUCCACAGGGGCAUGGCGCAGGAGGAGCGGUUAUCCCGGUACCAGCAGUUUAAAGACUUCCAGCGGCGAAUCCUGGUUGCAACCAACCUGUUUGGUCGGGGCAUGGACAUUGAGCGAGUCAACAUUGUCUUCAACUACGACAUGCCAGAGGAUUCUGACACGUACCUUCACAGAGUGGCCCGUGCUGGCAGGUUUGGUACCAAAGGCCUGGCCGUCACCUUUGUGUCUGACGAGACCGACGCCAAGACCCUGAACGACGUCCAAGACCGCUUUGAGGUCAACGUAGCAGAGCUGCCAGAGGAGAUCGAUAUCUCCUCCUACAUUGAACAGUCCAGAUGAGUUUGAAGCGUCUUUCCUGUGAAGAUGGAGUGUGACCCUCUGGAAUUGCUGUAUUUUGGUGGAUGAAAAAGAAAACCCUCAACACUUAUUUUAAAGCCCCCCCUCCUACCAUAUAUGUUGGCAAAUUCAUAGAGAUAAAACAUUUUUUUUUUUUUUUAAUUUGUAUGUCUUUGCAGGGUGCUUAUUUUAGUGUUGUCCUUGUUAAAACAUUGAUAUUGUUUUGGUUGCUGAAUUAAAUUUUUUUUUAUACCUUA